GUUGCUUUCUCUAUACAGUUAGACACCAAACGAGGUCUUCGGGCCUUUGCCUUGAACGAGAAAUUAUCACCGGAAAAGCCGAUGCAAGAACAUCUCGGAAACUCCUCGGCUUUUUUUACACACCUGCUAUAAAAGUACCAUGGGGAAUUCAACUGAAAUACUGUUUAUUCUACAAGGACUGCACGAGACAGUGUCAAGUAAACACACAUACUUUAUCCUCAUUCUUCUUGUUUACCUUUUUACUGUUUUAGCGAACCUGACUUUGAUUGUGACAAUUAUUUUGGAGAAAACGCUCCAUGAGCCCAUGCUCAUAUUCGUGUGUAACUUGUGUGUAAAUGGUAUACUUGGUGCCUCUAUAUUUUAUCCUAAAAUAUUGGUGGACCUUUCAUCUGACUUCAGUGUUACUUCGUAUGAAGCUUGUCUGUGUCAAAUUUUUUUUUUAUACACCUACGUAUUCUGCGAAUAUACUACGUUAGCAAUAAUGGCUUAUGACAGGUAUAUCGCAAUAUGCAAGCCGCUGAAUUACCACUCCAUCAUCACGCCUCGGAAGGUGAUGCAAUUGCUGCUUUUCACCUGGCUUUCAUCCAUCUGUGAAUCAGUUGUUGUGGCGGCCCUGGUAGCCAGACUGCCCCUCUGUGGAUUCAAAAUCGAAAAAAUUUACUGCACAGCUUGGGCCGUGGUAAAGCUGUCAUGCGUGGACACGACAAUCAACAACAUAUACGGGUACAUUCUCAUUGUUUUUCACGUUUCAGAAGCAGUUCUGAUCGUGAUUUCCUAUAUUCAUAUCGUCAGAGCAUGUGUGCGAUCGCCGAAAGAACGGAGUAAAUUCAUGCAGACCUGUUUGCCCCAUUUAAUCGCACUGACCAACAAUUUCGUCGCACUGGGUUUUGACCUCAUGUACACGCGCUAUGGUCCCACCGACCGUCUGCAGGCUCUCCGCAAUUUCAUGUCCCUGGACUACCUCAUUAUUCCACCGCUCCUAAAUCCCCUAAUCUAUGGCCUGAGACUGAACCAGAUCCGCCGGAAAGUCUUUAGAUUAUGCAGCCAGAAACGACAUGCUCUGAAGUGAAUGUUUGUACUUUGUUCAGGCAGGAAAAGCAACACCCCCCCCCCCCUUACAAAUGUUUUCCUAAAAAUAACAACAGGACACAUUUUUUUCUCUGAACAGAGGAACAAAAGUAUUACAAAAUGCAGCACAGUUUUAGAUAUUACCGGAAGUAAUAUCAUCCUAUCUUGGUAUAGUGGCCUUGUUCGGUUUACGUGAUUUUUUAGUUUCACGCAAAACAUCGUGGAGUAUGGGUUGUGUUGCCUUGUGUAUGGAAACUUAUGGUACAUUCGGAGCUGGAAAACUCAGACAGAUGUAAACUGGAAUGAGUCCUCAGACUGUUGAGACUGCUAUUUAUACUCAAGAGAGUAAAAAAUGUAGGUUGCAUUUUAAGUUGCAGUGAUAAAAAUAAAAUUCAUGUUUCUACGUUUCUCCAGAAUGAAUCUUUCUCUUAGAUAUUUGCAAAAAUAUCACCUAUAUAAAAAUAAUUGUUAAUAGUUAUCUUUAAUAUGUCAAAAACUAUGUAGAACAAUGUUUUUAAUGAGGCCUGUUGUUACUUAACACAUUUUGGUGUUCAGUCAGUGUUGGGGAAACCUAGUCUCUUCUAUCAUUCUUUUCUCUCUAUCCUAUGACGCAUUGUGCAGACAGGUGCAGCCACCUCAA